AUGCAGUCCCGGUUGAUGCCGUCCGGCCGUCGGGCCAUGCGAAGCCCUUUCCCCAGCUCACUGCGCCGUACCUUCGCGACCUCGCGAGUGUUCCUCCAGCAAGCCUUCAACUCCCAGCAGGGUUUCCACUCACAGCUAGAGGACCCGGCCACCGCAGCUGUCUUGUCGUCACUGCAGGCAUCCAAGGCCGUGCCCCAGACUCUGACCGAGAAGAUUGUACAGAAAUACUCCGUUGGUCUGGCCCAGGACAAGUUCGUCAAGUCCGGCGACUAUGUCACAAUCUCCCCCCACCGCUGCAUGACACACGACAACUCAUGGCCUGUCGCCAUGAAGUUCAUGUCCAUCGGCGCCUCGAAGCUGCACGACCCCAACCAGAUCGUUAUGACUUUGGAUCACGACGUGCAAAACACCAGCGAGAAGAACCUCCAGAAGUACAAGCAGAUUGAGGACUUUGCGAAGCUCCAUGGCGUCGAGUUCUAUCCUGCCGGACGUGGUAUCGGUCACCAGAUCAUGACAGAAGAGGGUUUCGCUUGGCCUGGCACCAUGUGCGUUGCGUCGGAUUCCCAUUCCAACCACUAUGGCGCCGUCGCUUGCUUGGGAACUCCAAUUGUCCGGACGGACGCGGCAAGCGUGUGGAGCACCGGAAAGACCUGGUGGCAGGUGCCUGCAAUCGCUAAGGUCACUCUUACCGGCGUCCUGCCCGCUGGUGUAACGGGUAAGGAUGUGAUUGUUGCACUCUGCGGCCUGUUUGACAAGGAUGAUGUCUUGAACCACGCUAUUGAGUUCACUGGUUCCGAGGAGACGAUGCGCAGCCUGCCUAUCGAUAGCCGAAUGACCAUUGCGAAUAUGACUACCGAAUGGGGUGCCCUGUCUGGUCUGUUCCCGAUGGACGAUGUGCUGAAGGGCUGGAUGAAGGGUAAGGCUACUACUGCUGCUAUGGGUCUGGCAGACGGCCCCUUCAAGACUCUGGCUGCCCAGCGAUUCACUCACGAGGCUAUCGAGGAGCUGUUUGCCAAUCCUCUGACUGCGGAUAAGGGCGCCAAGUACGCGAAGGAGCUGUUCCUGGAUCUUUCUUCCCUGUCCCCGUACGUGGCGGGCCCGAACUCAGUGAAGGUUGCUACGCCCCUGAGUGAGCUGGAGGCGGCCAAUAUCAGUGUGAACAAGGCUUAUCUCGUUUCCUGCACUAACUCGCGCGCCUCGGAUAUUGCCGCUGCUGCCCGCGUGUUCAAGGAGGCCGCUGAGAAGAACGACGGCAAGAUCCCGAAGAUCGCGGAGGGUGUCCAGUUCUAUAUUGCCGCAGCGUCUAUUCCGGAGCAGCUUGCGGCGGAGGGGGCCGGUGACUGGCAGGUUCUGAUUGAUGCUGGUGCGACCGUUCUUCCCGCCGGGUGUGGUCCCUGCAUCGGCUUAGGCACGGGACUUCUCGAACCUGGUGAGGUCGGCAUCAGCGCUUCCAACCGUAACUUCAAGGGACGGAUGGGGUCGACUGAGGCAAAGGCGUAUCUCGGCUCUCCUGAAGUUGUCGCCGCGAGUGCUCUUAGCGGAAAGCUCUCUGGCCCUGGCUGGUACCAGACACCUGAGGGCUGGACCGGUGUCAGACGCGGAGAAGGAGAUGGAAUCCUCGAAGAGGAGCGGAUGCUCACUGCCGAGGAAGCCCUCGAGAAGGUCAUCGGCCAGCUUGAUGACCUGGUAGCUGACGGUGAGAAGAAGUUCGCUCCUGAGCCCGCCGCGGCUGAGGUUGAGGUGAAGGCCGAUGACGCCCUGACUGAUGUGUACCCCGGGUUCCCGGAGCGUGUCUCUGGAGAAAUUAUUUUCUGUGACGGUGAUAACAUCAACACGGACGGCAUUUAUCCUGGCAAAUAUACCUACCAGGACAACGUGUCCGUGGAGACCAUGGCCCAGGUCUGCAUGGAGAACUACGACACCGAGUUCUCCAAAAUUGCCCAGGCUGGCGACAUCCUGGUCUCCGGCUACAACUUCGGCUGCGGCUCCUCGCGUGAGCAGGCCGCGACCGCUAUCCUGGCCAAGCAGAUACCCUUAGUUGUUGCUGGCAGCUUCGGCAACAUCUUCUCGCGCAACAGUAUCAACAACGCCCUGAUGGGCCUGGAGAUCCCUCGCCUAAUCAGUCGUCUGCGGGAGACUUUCAGUGUGGGCGAGGGCAAGGCUCUCACCCGCCGCACCGGCUGGACCCUGACUUGGGACGUGCGCCGCAGCCAGAUCGAGGUGCAGGAGGGUGAGAACGGCGUCAAGUGGACCCACAAGGUGGGCGAACUGCCUCCCAAUGUGCAGGAGAUUAUUGCCAAGGGAGGCUUGGAGAAGUGGGUCAAGAAUGCGAUCGAGGCAUAA